AAAAUGUCAUUAACAUUUUGACGUUCUUAAAAAAAUCCUCAUGUGUUUUGGUUUUAUUCAUAAAUGUUUACGAUUUUAUUAAAUAAACCGAGUUAGAGAUAAAUAAUAACCCGCCAACAUGGACGUGGAAUCUACAGAGGCUCAAUUACAAGUGAAAUUCAUAACCAAACAGGAACACUAUGCUGUUCCGGACAACCCCUAUGCCCUUCAGAGUAACGUUCAGACUGCUGAAUUAAACACCUUAGUCAAUGCUCUAUUAAAAGAGUCCAACCCUGAUUUGAAGAAAGCUGUAGAGUUUGACUUUUUAGUAUGUGGGGAACUACUUUGCACCCCCCUUUCGGAGCACCUCCAAGAGAAGGGGGCUUCCACAGAAGAAACUCUUGAAAUUGAAUACUUUGAAAGAUAUCCAGCUCCUAGACCUCAAGACUGUUUGAUGCAUGAUGACUGGGUCUCUGCCGUUCAAGCUCAUGUUAAUUGGAUUCUCACAGGCUGCUACGACAACAGCAUCCACAUCUGGAGCACAAAGGGUCAGCACAAGCUGGCCAUUCCGGGACACACCUCUCCAGUGAAAGCGGUCUCCUGGGUAUCAUUCAAUAAUGACCAGGGGGUGUUUGUCAGUGGUUCACACGACCAGUCAGCGAUGCUGUGGGUAUGGAACGUGGAAGGCAAUUCGGUAGACUGUGUAGUCACUUGUCGAGGACAUGAGAAGGGAGUGGAAUGCCUUGCGGUCUCACAAGAUGCUGCCAAAUUUGUCACGGGAAGCUGGGACAAUAAUAUCUGCAUCUGGAGUGCUAAUUUAUCAGAUGUGGACAAUGUGCCUGUACGGAAAAAGAGUAAACCAGACCAUGGAAGCACAAGGGAGCCCCUAUCAACACUGAAGGGGCACCGGGAAGCGGUGUCCGGCGUGCAGUGGAUGGACUACAACACGGUACUCUCCAGUGGCUGGGACCACCUCAUCAAGCUGUGGGACUGCGAGCUCGGCGGCAUCAAACAGGAGAUUGCUGGAAACAAGGCGUUCUUCGACGCUCACUGGUCUCCUCACAGCAACUGCAUCAUCACGGCUUCAGCUGAUAGACACAUCCGACUGUACGACCCUCGAUCCACGGAGAGUAUCGUGAAGACGACGUUCACCUCGCACACGGGCUGGGUGCAGUCGCUGCGCUGGUCCAAGACCAAGGACACUCUGUUCCUGUCGGCCGGGUACGACGGACAGGUCAAGCUGUGGGAGACCAGGAGUCCACGUACCCCGCUGUACGACCUCACUGGUCACGAAGACAAGGUGCUGUGCUGUGAUUGGUCGAACCCCGCGCUACUGGUCAGUGGUUCGUCGGAUAACACGCUCAGGAUAUUCAAGGCCAAACACGCCAUGGGCGACUCGUAGGUAUGACACUCAAGUCUAGUUCUCAGGUUAGUGCCUUCAAGGAACAUUUCGCAAUAAACACCGGCCAAACGUUAAUUAUACCUAUAUGUUGUUGAAUCAACUCAGUUAUUUGUUGUUUAUAAUAUAAUCGUACCACGAGAUGGAACUGUUUUGUAAGGGAAUCGUUGGGACAUUAAAAAUAAAAUGAAGAACUAGAUUUGG